AGCAGGCGCGCGUCACAAUGCCCCCGACUGCGUCUCCCCUGUAGCUAUGCGACAUCAAUAAUAACUUUUUGAUCAACAUAUCCCUUCAAAAAAACAGGCUCUAAAAUUGACCAAAGAAAAGAUGUCGAUGUCAGGAACAGAAGCCACCACCGCACCUUGCCAGUCCACAAGGACCAGCCCUGGGACCAGCUCCGACUCGCUGGAGCCCCACAGAGCCGAGCCCGAGGUGGGCCAUGCGGAGCGCGUGCAGGCCUGCAUGGAGGUGGGCUUCUUGCUGCAGCGAGCCCUGAGCUCUGACCUGGCGCCCUCCGCCAUGCACAGCAACCGCGUGCGCCUGGAGACCCUGCGGCGCUGCUCUUACUACCUGGAGGUGAUCCGCAUGGACCUGCCCCUGGGGGAGCACAACUACAUGACCAACUCCACCGUCCUGCACCUCAUCGACCCCUGGAAGCUGCAGCGCAUGAAGAAGCUGGCCAACAGCCAGGUGAAGAUCCAGCUGUGCCUGCUGGAGGAGCUGCAUGAGCAGCUGUUGAAGGAGCAGCAGGGCCUGGACACGGCGCUGGAGUGCUGCGACCUGCCCAUGCUCAUGGUGGAGGGCGAGUCCAUACGCCAGCGCCUCACCGCCGCGCUGCAGACCAAGGCCGACUUCGACGCCAUGGUGCUGCCGGGCAGGCUUCACUCCAAGCAUCAACUUAUCUCCGACAUGGGCCGAGCCAAGGUGCCACAGGUGCGCCUGGCGCUGGUGCUGAAGAUGCCGGUGCACUUCGACAAGGCGCACUCCUUCGCCACGGCCAACGCGGCCACGCUCUACUGGCAUGUGGCGGGCAGCGAGGCGGGCCCCGACCCCCUGGAGCAGUUCGAGUUGCGCUACAAGCUGCUGCAGCCCACCUGCGCGGCCGAGGGCUCCGAGGUGGGCGUGCUCACCUGCGCCGCCUGCAGCGCCCAGGUGGAGGGCCUGAGGCCCGACCGCUGCUACGAGUUCAGCAUCAAGAGGGUGGACUCCUGCUGCCUGGUCUAUGGGGCCUGGAUCGACUGCAUCAUCCUCCGCACCGUCUCCGCCUCCUGUGCCGGCAGCAACGGGUACGACAAGCGGAGGAGGAUGUUCCAAUGGUGAUGGAGAUUUUACAGACAGAGACACCUAUAUACCGUAUAUCUUUUUAUACAAAAGAGACAGAUAUAUAUAUAUCUUUUAUACAGAUUUAUGAAAAUGAAAUAAAUUUCUAUACAUUUUCAAUAA